CUAGCGGGAUUACCUCCAAGCGGAAAUUCAUUGGGUAUGCUGGAUAUGCUCCGAGAUAUGUUACGUAUUGCACCACAUUGGGGUUAACUGCGAUUCUGCCGUGCAUCGCUGACAAGGAGGGGGAGGAGAAGGAGGAUCUUAUAAUGCAUCGUUUCUGAAGGACGCACAAAGACGUUUAACAAUGAUUGGAGGUGGAUUAUAAUUAUUGUAAUAUAAUUUUAUCCACUUUGGAAUUUAAGAUCUGCCUUUUCCUCCAUUAUGCUGGCUAUGAGAUUAUUUAGGAUAAUUGGGAAUCGCUCAAUCUCAAUAAAUAUCACAUUCAUCAAUUAUCAUCAAAUCCUUGAUAUAUUUUUUGGAAAGGCAUAAGUAAAAAAUGGUGAUAACUUAGUAAUGUGCCUUUAUCUUUGAUGUUUCGACUUUACUAUGACAAGAAGAUCUUGACAUAUUUUCAAGAAAUUGUGAUAAAUAUAAAGCUCUUGACGGUGCAGCUACAUAAAGAUGGACAGCUCAGAAUAUGAAAUGGUCAGAAACAUGACCCUUCUCUUUUUCUUCGAACGACUGAUGGACAAGGGCGGUCCACGCACAUUGCACGACCUGAGCUGCCAAUUUGGAGCUAAGGGAUUCACGAAAGAAAUGCGUCAAAUAGCAGGAGGAUCGCAAAGUGGCCUUAAGAAAUUUCUAGCGCAGUAUCCGGCACUCUUCCUGAUCGACGGCGAUUAUGUGUCCGUCAAUACGUUUCAACCGGUGGUGGAAGAGGAGAGCGGAAAUAAAUCAGGCAAACGCGACUACGCCCACGAGGCUGUGGAGUACUUUACGAAUAAGCUGUUGCAAUACGGAACAGGCACUGAGGUGCCUAUCAAGAGUCUCCUGGGCCACCGAUCGCAAGCCUCGCCGGAGGUCAGACACAUAUCCGGUCAGCACUACAAGGAAUUCCGCGAUUUUCUCUUGAGAUACCCCGACGCGUUUGUAAUUAGCGAAGAUAGCGUAAUAUUGAAGCAAUACGAGGGCAUGAAGGCGGAACCUUUUCGCGAGCUGGAGCCAGAUAUACCGAUAGAUCCGGACGUCACGGCGAAACUCUUAGACUUUUUCUUCGCAUGCAUCGAGCAGAAAGGUCCAAUUCUCAUAGAUCAGCUGUUCAAUACGGUGAACGAGAAAUUUUCCCACGAGAAUUGGACGAGUAUAUUCAAGACGCCGCAAGAUCUGUCCACUUUCAUAAAGAUGUUCCCGGACGCUUUUCACGUGCAAACCAAUUUGGUGACGCUGAUAGACCGGCCGAAGUCGUUCGUAACGGAGCCCGCGGUCGCGAAGGCGAAGACCACGAACGGCGAUCAACGCGGUCAAAGCAACAACAUGGCUCACACGAAUAAUGCGGCGCCGAUCGUUCCGCCGAGCAAAAUUCUUCAGCCGCUUCGAAGUCAAUCGGAGAGCGUCUGCAACAAUGUCGCGUCUCAACUCAAUUCCUUGCAAAAUUGCACGCCACCUCUGGUCGAGAGCAAUAACAAUUCGCCGCCUGUGAGCUUGCAGCAGCAGACCCUCAAGCAGAGAUUCAAUACGAUCGUUAUGAGAACGCUGGCGGACAACACGGAGCGAGAUCGCAGUCUGCAGACCGCCCAGAUGGGCGACGCGUGGAAGUUGAAGGUGUUGCAGCAGACCAGAGUGAUAGCAACCCCGCGGGAGAGUCUCCAAGUCGUGGAGGAUAUAAUAAAUCCGCGAAAGCCUCCACCCGACGGCAAGAUCGUCGUCUCCUUCGACUGCGAGGGCAUAAAUCUCGGCGUGAAGGGACAGCUGACUCUUGUACAAAUCGGCACAAUGAGCGGCCAGGCGUAUGUGUUCGAUUUGUUCACCUGCCCGAGUCUCGUUCAAACUGGUGGCCUCCAAAAGCUGCUGGAACAUCCUCAAAUUAUCAAGGUGAUUCACGAUUGUAGGAACGAUAGCGUCAACCUGUACAAUCAAUUUAAAAUUACAUUGAUGAACGUUUUCGAUACACAGGCUGCGCAUGCGGUGCUUCAGUAUCAAGAAACGGGAAAGCCCGUGUACAAAGUUAAAAACGUCAAUCUAAACACCCUGUGCGAUCAUUACGGCGCCCCGUGUAAUCCGCUCAAGGAACAAUUGAAAAAUAUCUAUCGCAAGGAUCAACGCUACUGGUCCCGACGGCCUAUGACUCGCGACAUGCUAAUUUAUGCGAGCAGCGAUGUUUUGAGCCUUGUACCUCAAGUUUAUAAUGCCAUGUCUAGACUUAUAAAGCCGGAAGUACAAGGUCUUUUUGCAGAGCUGUGCGAAGAACAGAUUCAAAUGCAUAUAAGACCGGCGGAUGUGAAAGCGCGUAAGAAGCAGCGAAAAGUCGAGACCGAAGUGGCGGACUUGAAAAAGAGGAUGGAAGAAGCGACCAGCAAAAAUAUCGUGCUGAGCAAUCGUGAGAUCCGGCUUCUCCGCCACUUGAGCCUUACCGAGGAGGAGAAGGAGAAGCUCAAAGGAAGUUAUAAAGUUGCGAAGAAACUGGAGAAACUAGAGAACAUGGGACAGGACAAAGGUGAUAGCAGCGAUGAGGAUGAUGAAGACAAGACGGACGAUCCUGAGUAUCAGAGUUUGGAAAGCUGCACAUCGGAAAAUUCUCAUUCAGGUGGUGUGCUGUCGCCUCGAAAUGCCGAUACUCCAAGCUUGACCGAAUCAAUGCUUAUGGUGAAUGAAUUCCUCUCGGACGGUCGUUUGGACACAGUGGCGAGAAUUGAGAAAUUGGAAGCCAUGCUGUCAGCUGUUACUAGCUCUGCGACCGAUCAGCUUUCCACCAACAAAACAGACGCGUCGCUCAACAAGUACAUCUGCACAUGCCAGGGCGAUAAGACUGACGGUCCGCUGACAGGCCGUCAGGCUGUUAGCGUGGCUUGCCAAACGGUGAGCACUGGUGAUAUAGUAAUUACUAGAGUCUUUUCCAGCGAGGAGGAGAAGGAAAGAGUAAGGUUACUGAAUUCGCCAAAAAAGUAGGUAUUAUAGGCUGCUGUGAAAGUAGUAGAAGUUGCCAUUUAUAGGUUUUUUAUAAAAGGGAUCGAAUGCAUAAAAAGAAUUAAGUAGUUGAAAUUUAUCUAUUUUAUGUAAUAUAACAAGAUUUUCAUAGAGCAAAACUGGCGAAACUCUCAGUGAAUAGAAUAUGCUUUCUGAGUGUCUCUGCUCCCUUAAAAAGUGUCUUAAACAAAUAAGCCUUGUUACGCAGGCCUUUCCAGAUCUGACGGUAUAAUGAUCAGAUUUCUGGAAAAAGGUUAUUAAUUUUAUACGAGGAUAUAUUAUACUUUUAUAAUCUUGAAGAUUAUCUUUCUUUUACAAGUAUUAAAGAAAGACCGAAUCGUGUUAAAUAACAAAACAUAAGUGUGGUUUUUAAUCGCCGCAUAUGUAAGUUUCAACAAAUUGUUACAAUUUGUGGCGUUUUACGUUGAAUUCGGAAUUAAAUUUCAACGGAAAAAGGCUGUUCUUUUAAGCAAAAUGUAUGCAAAUAUUGACAAGAGAAUCCUCGAUCUUUUCGACAUAAGGAUGACAAUUGGUGACGCUUUUAAUAGUGUUACGAAAUUAACAAGAUGCAUAUCAUGCUUGUGAAACGAAAUUUUUUAUGUGAAGUACUGCAUUAAAAUCGCUGACUCUUGGAGCAUGCAUGGCCUAAAUUGCGUCACUUGCAUCAGAAAAGACAAUUAUCGGCAGUAGUAGAGCAAUAAAAGUGACCGUUUAAUAAGCAAAUGCUUUUCCCCGGGAUAUACUUAUAAGCUUAUGCACGCGGAGCUUAUGCAGACCUCUUCCUGACAUCGAUUACAGAUAUAACUUAUUUUCGUAUAUAGCUAUACAAGUGCCAAGUUAAUAUAGAAUAUGUACAAUAAACGGAUUAACGAAUAAAGUACAUUUUAUAUUUCUAUUUAAU